CUAAGUUACAAAUGCUAGCCAACAAAUACUUUCUACUCGUACUCCCCUUUUUUUUCUCUCUCUCUCUCCUAAAAACUACACUCUUUGCCAAUUUGCAUAAAUUCUGAUUAUUGGACUCACAAAUCAUCCAACAUUUUUUCACUUCCCCCCAAUUCUUUCUUUUUUUUCCAAAAAUAAAAAUAAGGUUGUUGAUAAUAGAAUUUAGUAUCAGAGAAAAAGGUCAGAAAUUCAGAAGAUUAUAUACUAAAAAGUCGUUAUUACCCCCCAUUGUUUCUGCUGUGAUCUUCUUCUUUCUGCUGCUGAUACUGUCUACUGCCACAUUUUUUUGUUUUCUCUCUCCUCUGCUCUAAAAUUCAGUUUUUUUUUUUUGUGGAAGAAGAAGAAGAAUCCCUUUUAUGGGUUUGCAGUCAAUUUUAUCAUUUUGAGUAAUAAGAGAAUUCCCCAUUUUUCUGAAUUUUCUAUUUUUUUUUGUUGUCUUAAAUUCGGCACAAUUAAGAGUUCGCACAAUUAACCCAACAAAGAGAGCGGUGGUGGCUACUACAAGGAGAUUAGCGUCGGAUUCUGGUGCGUUUGCUGAAUGGGUGGCUUCAGCUGCAAGCAACGCCGCUGAUAAGAGUAAUGAUCUUUCACUGGGCUUCAAUGCUGGGCCUGCAGCCGCCGUAACGGCGGCGUCUGCGGCGAGCUUGUGGCCCACUUCGUCGAGGGUGGGAUACGGUCUUCCGCCUGAGAUGGGGAUGUUUGUUGUUGCUCCUGCAACUUCGUUUCAGCAUGAGUCGUCGUUGAUGUUGGAUGGGCCGCACCACCAUCACCACCACCAUCAUCAUGGACAUGGUGGUGGUGGUGGGAAUAACGCCGCUACCGGGUUGGGAGUUGGGAUGGGUGUCGGCGUUAUUCCCCUCUUCAACGCUGGCCCUUGCCUUAACGUAGCUGGUGGAGGCGGCGGGGGUGGAGGUGGAGGAGAGGGUGGCGGUGGUGGUGGUGGUAAUUUAGACGGACAUGAUUCUUUCAUGGGCCGUAAUCGGACGGGUGCAAUGCAACUUUGGCAAACCCAACAACAACAAAUGAACAAUUACCCGAAGAAAAGCAUCAAUUUCGACCCGAAUGGACUCGGGUCAAGUUUCCUCCACUCACCGCCGCCGUCUUCUGCGGUGGGGUGCGGUGGAAAUCUGACGUGUCAAGACUGUGGAAACCAAGCUAAAAAAGACUGCAGUCAUCGGAGGUGUAGGACUUGUUGUAGGAGUAGGGGUUUUGACUGUUCUACACAUGUCAAGAGCACGUGGGUUCCCGCUGCACGGAGGAGAGAAAGGCAGAUGGUGGGUGUAGUUUCCGGCGCAGCGGGGACCCACGGCACUGGUGGUGGAAGUGUGGGAGGUGGUGGUGGUGGAGGUGGUGGAGCUUCUUCCGGGUCUACUUCUGGGGCGAAAAAGCCUCGUCUUAUCUCCUCUCAAAACACCGCAACAACCUCCCACACUUCCACCUCAAACACCCCUCCUCGAAGCUUCGACACCAGCUCCAGCCACCAAGAUGCGAGCUUUAAGGAAUCGUUGCCGGGGCAAGUGAGAACCCCCGCCGUGUUUAAGUGCGUAAGAGUGACGGCGGUGGAAGACGGCGAAGAUGAGUUUGCAUAUCAAGCAAUGGUGAAAAUUGCUGGACAUGUUUUCAAGGGCUUCUUAUAUGAUCAAGGGGUUGAACCUAGAGAUGGGUUUCCUAAUUUAUCCGAGUUACAUUUAGGUGGUGGUAGUGGUGGUGGUGGAGGAAGCAGUGGUGGUGGUGGUGGAGGAAGAAAUGGCGGUGGUGCGUCUUCUUCCUCGCCGCUUCUUGAUCCAUCUGAUGUCUAUGGAGCAGCAGCUUCUGGUACUGGUGGUUUGCUUGGAGGUUCAACUUAUGGUAACAAUAUAAAUUGACAAAAAGAAUAAAACCCAAACCCCAUUUUAGAAAAAUAAAUUAUAAAUAGUCUUAGAAGUAUUUAUUUAUCUCUCUAUCAUGAUCAUGAGUAAUUGAGGGAAUUUUCCUCCUUUUUUUUUGAGUCUUUUCGAAAAAUAUUAUUGUUGAAAAUUUCAAAAGGACUCAAAAUUAAAUCAAUUAAAUUGUGAUUUUACUACUACUACUAAUAUAGCUAGUAAAAUCCUUCUUGUAUCCAUCAUUAAUUAUUGAUAAUGGUAUUAUUAUUCCGAUUAAUGAAUAGGGUUUUCGACUCGAAAUAUAAUCUUUUUACCUCUUCAAUUAUA